AUGUUCUUCACCGUAUCUAUGAUAGCCAUUAUUUGGCUCAAUCUUCUACAUUGCAUCGCUUCUGAUAAAAAUGAAACUUUCCAUCUACUUAAUCUCGACACCGGUGAUGAAAUCUUCACAAAUAAUAGUUAUUCUAGCAUCUCAGACAAUUUCGAUACCCUUGAUUACAACAAUUUUGAGCCAUUGUUUGGUCCAGAAUUUUCGUUUGAUCCUUCGCAGUUCAUUGAUUUCGCUCAGUUGAGUGAAAUUGAGGAUAUAAGCAGUAAAGAAUCAAAACGCGAAGCUGAUCAGAUCACAGAUACUUCUUAUCCUGGCUUUUCACAUAGCUAUGAUUUCAUCGGCCACACUAAUUCGGAGUCAUCACUUGGCUCAGAUAUGGAUUCAUACAGGAAUGUGUGGAGAGAGGGUAAUGGAGAAAUAAAAACGAAUGAUGAUAAAGUGCGACAUCUUUCUAUUAGAGAUGCUGAAAGUAGAACUUCUUCGCCACCUAAUCUCAACAGCGAUGACAUUGUCACAUAUAUGCACUUUCCUCAUUCACAGCAAAAUGCUAUUCCGAUCUAUUUUGACCAAUUUACUCUUUCCUCGGACGACACAUCCGGUCAACAUGGAGCUGCUGAACAGAGCAACAUCGAUAACCACAGGGGAAAUACUGGUGGAGAAUCAGAAACAGUUGCUGAAAGUGAUACUUCCUAUUUACCUAAAUCCAACACCAGCAACGUUAUCGCCUAUAUUCAUUAUCCUGGUUUACAAAAUCCCAUUCCGAUCUAUUUUUCCUCGGAUGACACAUCCAGCCAACAUGGAAAUGCUGAACAGAGCAACAUCGACAACAAACACUUCUCGGAUGGUUUAAAUAUCCUAGAUCACAGGGGAAAUACUGAUGGAAAAUCAGAAGCAGAUAAGAGAAAUUAUAAUUGUCAUUAUCGCGGGUGUGCUAUGAUCACGAAAAAUUACAACGAAUAUCUAAUACAUAAGAAAACACACGGUCAGCCAUUCAUCUAUGAAUGUAAAGAGCCCGGUUGUGGCCGAACAUUCGACCAUAAAUCAUCAUUUGUCAGUCACAAGCAAACGCAUCAACCUAAACAAUACGGAGAUAGAGACAAACUCUUUAGCAGGAAGAACGCACUGCAAUUUCAUAACAUGUACUACGGCUCACCUCACAAACGAAGCUUUGAAUGCCUUUAUCCCGGGUGUACUAUGACCACGAAAAGUCUCAACGAAUAUAGAGCACAUGGGAAAACACACGGUCAACCAUUCAUCUAUGAAUGCAAAGUGCCCGGUUGUGGGCGGACAUACGAUAUUGUAGGAUCACUUUACAGUCACAAACAAACUCAUGAACCUCAUCCCUCGUGCGAGUGCUGUGGCAAACUCUUCGCCACCAGGAAGCUACUGAAUUGUCAUAAGAAGUUCUGCCCAACAACACUUCGCGAACAAAGCUACGAAUGUUAUUAUCCCGGGUGUGCUGUAAUCGCGAAAGGUUAUAACGAAUAUUUAGCACAUAGAAAAACACACGGUCAACCCUUCAUCUAUGAAUGCAAAGUGCCCGGUUGUGGACAGACAUUCGAUUGUAUACCAUCAUUUUGCGCUCACAAACAAACGCAUCAAACUCAUCUUCAGUGCGCGUACUGUGGCAAACUCUUUUCCUCUGUGACCACACUGAAAUCUCACAAGAAGUUAUGCUCCAAAGCUCCUCGUUAG